GCUUGCGUUGGUUCGACGCGUUCACAACGUAAUAAAUUGCGUAUACGAGAUACGAGGCGUGUGCUGCGUGUGUUGCAUGAAUGUGUAUCUGAUAGAAGGUGCAUGAAUGAACGAACAACGCCUGUCGGUUGCCUGUGUGCGAGUGUCUCUAUUUGAAAGUGAAAGUGCGACGCUGUCCCCCCACGAGAAAUGUCGUUGCCGGCGAGAGCGGACAAGUUAUGCUAAUUGACAUGGGACUGAGAGGACAACCAAUCGAUGCUAAAAGUAGACGAAAUCAAUGCAGAAAAGCAUAGCAAAUGCCAGCGGAUAACAACGGAUAAAACGACAAUCUACUCUAUGACUUAAAUCGAUGUUAAAUGAAUUGAAAACAAAAUAGACGCCAACGGAUAAUCACGUAUACAACUAUAAUCACAUAUUUCAUUUGAAUCACGGAUAAAGGUAGACAGCGAAUAAUCACGGAUAAAACUACAAUCAACUAUUUAAUUGAAUCAAUGCUUAAAUAGGACAAAUCAAUGCCGAAAAGCAUAGAAAAAAAGCCAACAGAUAAAACUACAAAACAAAUGACAAAUCAAUGAACAAAAUCAAUACAAAUUCCAGCGGAUAACAACGGAUAAAAACAACAAUCAAAUCUCUUUCACUCGACAAGAAACACACAGAAAAAAUUCAACCAAAAUGCGCUUGCAACAUCGUUAUAACCCCAAUCCAGCCACAACAACAAAAACGCAGACCAUAGCAAAUAACAACAACAAUAACACCAACACUAACAUCAACAACAACAAUAACAACAACAUCAUAAACAACAACAACAACAACAAUCACGGUAACAACACAAACAAUAAGAGAGCCAAGAAAUUGAACAACAACAGCAACGGCAUCAUUAAAUUGCGAACAGCAACAAAGGCCGCCAUGCCACCCGCCACACCACCCACCGUGCCAGCACCAUCAGUGGCACUUACAAGGCACCACCAAAUGCUGAUGCUGGAUGAGGGCCACAUUCAAGCGUCUCUGGUGCCCGAUAAACAUGAGAAUGAGGACGACGAGGAGGAGGAGGAGGCGGAGACCGAAACCGAAGAGACCACAACCACAACUUCGGUGGAGCUGCGAUCUUCGGCCAGCUCGCACUAUCGGGCCUACACCACCAUUCGCAGCAAUUCGACAUCCGCAAUAUUGGCCGGAGCGGGUCUGCCGCCAUUUGGGGGCCACUGCACGCAGACGACACCCGGCAUGCUCUAUGCCCGCCCCCGCACCCUCAAUGUCCACAAUGUGUGUCAGACGCCCGCGCAGAUCACGCAAAUGUUUUUUGGAGAAGUCCUGAAUGCAUGGCGUGCCAAGGCCCGCUGCAAUGUGGUGCCCGACGAGCGCACCCAGGAGCUCUUCCACGAGCUAAGCUUCCAUCCCAGCCAAAAGCAGAUUAGCGAAAUGCUGCAAACGGCCAAGAAGGUGGCCCGCAAGGGGGGCAGUGGACAGCCCAAUGGUCUGACAUUUGGACAAUUUUGUGUACUGGCUGCAGAUCUGAAGCGUUUUCGUGCUUCAACGAUUUCGAAUCAGACAUCAAACUACUGCGAAUAUCAGCAACUGUCAGCGGGCACAAGCUCUCUGCUGCAGCAGCAACAACAGCAGCAGCAGCAGCAGCUGCUGGAUGAUGCACCAUCGACUGCCGCCUCACCCGCCGCCUACAGCCAUAGCAAUGGCAAGAAGCUGGACAAUCAUGGCACCGAACUGCGCAGCACCAAAUCCUUCAGCAGUGUCGAUGAUACCAAAAAGAAAAAGAACGCCAGCAAUGAGCCCGUCGAGGUGUUCCUGGGGGGCUCCUGCAAUCCCACAACGUGGCGAGCAGACGUUGCCAUACCAGCCUUGAAAGAGCUGGGCAUUUCAUUCUAUAAUCCUCAAGUAUCCGAUUGGACGCCCGAUCUCAUCGAGCUCGAGCAUCGAGCUAAGGAAAAGGCCCGUGUAUUAUUCUUUGUGAUGGAUUCGGAAACACGCGCAUCUGCUGGUGCCAUCGAGGCGGCACACAUAGCGGGUCAAAACUGCAAGCAGCUGGUGUUGGUUUUGCAUCCGUAUAAACCAAAUCAGAAGAUACUGAAUGAGCCUAUUUCACAGCAAGAAUACCUCGAUCUGACCCGCAAUCAGAUGAUACUUAAGGAGCUGGUCUCCCGUCGCGGUCUGCCAGUACUGGAGAAUAUACCCUCGGGCUUGCAGCGCACCAAGGAAAUACUGUCGGGCAUCAGGGAUCCACCGUCCAAGAUAUCUUCCAUUUUAGAUACCGUUCGCGGCGCCUUCGAUCGCGUGAAUCCGCAAAGCGAUCUUCUCACCGUGGAACAGUGCAAACGUGCUCUCUUAUUCUUAGGCUAUGCUCAGAGUUUAGUUAAUUUAGAUAAUCUAACCAAGAUCAUAAUUAAUCAGCGCGAAUCGCUGAAAUUCCUGCAAACGCACAGCUCAAAGGUCAAGGAACCAAAUGAAGAUGCCGAUCUGCCCAUACUGGCCAACCAGGAGCUCAUCGACUUUGAUCUAUUCUGUGUGAUCUCGGCCUACCUGUCCGUCCUGCAGCAGGAGAUACACGAGAGUGGCUGCAUCUCGCCCAUCAAGGGCACCAAUGUGCCACCGCCUCAGGUUUACUUUACCAAUGCACCUGAUGUGGACAUUUAUUAUUCGGCCAGCAAGAACAUCUCGCGCACCUCGAGCAACGCCAGUGUACCGUCCAACAGCAGCAGCGGCAUUGGCCACGAUCUGGAGCGCCAGAGCCUGUUCGAGCAGCUGAGUCGCAGCCGGGACAGUGGCACCUCCUCGCCGCAGCCAGCCGCCGCGAGCAGUCUAGGUAAAAGCCCCAAGCCACAGAUCUUGCUGAACGUCGAGUCCAUUGAAACAACCGAAAUAAUCACCACCAAAACGAUAGAAACCAAGCCAGGCGGCACGCACCCAGCGUCUGUGGCGUCCGUGGCCACUGAGGAGGAGGAGAGUGACUCCAACGAUUCGGUCUUCUCGAGCAGCAGCUCCAUUGCCAGUGCCGGGGAUGCCCUCUGCUGUGGCGGACUCGAUCUGCGUGAUGUCUAUCUGGGCGGCAGCUGUGUGAUGCGCACCAAGUGGCGUCAGGAACUGGCCGUUCCCUACCUGCAGUCGAAGAACGUCAGCUUCCACAGCCCGGCCCUGCACGAGAGCAUACCUGCAGCCCAGCCGCAGCCGCAGCCGCAGCAUCAGGCGCAACAGCAGCAUCAGCAGCCAGGACAGCACGAGCAACAGCAGCGCUCGUUUGUGCGCACGCGACGAAAGUGCCGCGGCAAUCAGCUGCAGCUGGAGGAGCAGGAAGAGCUGACGGUGGCCGAGGAGUCGCUCAGCUGGUCACUGCCGCCGGUGGCUGUGCGCCAGAGCCUGUACAAUCCCUCGCUGCUGGACUCCAGUCGAGUGCUGCUCUUUGUGAUCACCAAUGAGACGCGUUCCCUGGCCCCCAUGACACUGGCCGCCCACUGCAUUGGCCUCAUGUACAAUGUGGUGCUGGCGGUACAAAUGCUGCCCGAGGAUUGUGUGCUCGGUGGCGAAAAGCUAACUGUGGCCGCCAUCAAGGACUACAAUCGCGGACGGUCGUACCUCAUCGAUUUGGCCAAGCGGCAGGGUGUGCCCGUGUUCAAUGAUAUACGGGCGGCCCUCGACUGCACCGUGGCCAAGGUGCAGGCGUACAACAAUCGCGAUCGUUGCUAAUUUCGUACCUGUAUUCAAGUUCCAGCACGUGACAAUUUUAAGCUUAUGUCUAAACUAAAUCUUUCUAUAAAUCCUAAAAUCCUAGUGCAAUCCUAUAUAUUGUUUUCUACGCCCGUGACCAUGGCCCCCAUACCCCAUGCCUCCUACCACUAAUCUAAAUGGUUUAUAAUCGUAUUCUGAGAUCUAUCCCCCGCCCCCGCUAUACAUCUCUUUAUAGUUAAUUCUAUGCGUAAUACGUAAUAAUUUAAUAUUAAUUUUAUAAGUGUAAAACCACUAAAAUGUCGUCGCCCAGAGAGCGCAUUUCAUAACCCUAUGGAGGCGGCUUGGCUUCUUCGGUCUCUUUCGGCCUCACAACCCCCCCUCCAUAUAUGAUAAUUUAUUAUAAUUUAUUUAACAUAUAUGUACGAUUAACGAGUAAAAUCCAUGUAGUACAUGUGCUAAACCUUAACUGUAAAUAUCCACACACAAAACAUGUACAAUUCUAAUGCAUAAACAAUGCAAGUAAAAACAAAACUAAACUAAACUAUAUAUAUUUUAUAUAUUCUUAGCGAGCAUUCAAAUAUAAUUAAUGUAAUAAUUACCAUAUAAAACCCAGAUACCCCUACCCCCUAUAUGAUACACGCAUACAGAUAGUGACCCUCCCCCACUGUACCAGUUGGCUGGACAAAAAAUAUCUCAAUAAACAAAUUUUUCUAACAU